AUGGAAGCGUGGCUGUGCCGCGCGGCCCGCAGGCAUCGCGUGCCUGUGCCCGGCUCCUCCCGCGUCCACGUGCGUUUCUUCCUCCUGCUGCUGCUGCUCCUGCUGCUGCUGCUGCUGCCCAGGAGGCCUGCAGGUGAGCAGAGCCUCCUUCCUCCUCCUCCUCCUCGUCCUCGUCCUCCUCCUGCUCAGCGCUCUCACCUGGCCGCCAGCCCAGCGACCCCGUCCCCCGCCAUGUCCUGGGCCCCCAGAGCCAUGGACCCCUCUCAGCCGCCCCAGCCGCUUAACCACAGCAUCUCGAGUACCGCGUCCGCCACCGCGGGGCCCGUGUCCACCACCAAGCCCCGAGCUGCCCCCUUAUGUGGCCAGUCCUUCGAGCUAGACCCCACCAUCAGGGACCCAGAGGCCAUGUCUCGGCGGUGGCCAUGGAUGGUCAGUGUGCAAGCCAACGGUACACACAUCUGUGCGGGCACCCUCAUUGCCUCCCAGUGGGUGCUGACUGUGGCACACUGCCUGACUGAGGAAAGCAACAACUAUACAGUGAGGGUGGGGAGCCCAUGGAUUAACCAGACGUCGAAGACUGGCUCUGAUGUUCCAGUGCUCCAGGUCAUCAUAAACAACAGGUACCAGGUCCAGCGUUACUGGUCCUGGAUCGGCCGGGACAAUGACAUCAGCCUCCUCAAGCUCCAAUCAGGGAUCAAGUUCAGCAAAUAUGUGGGGCCCAUCUGCUUGCCUGGCCUAGAUUAUGAGCUGAAGGACAAUGAUGAAUGCAGUGUGACAGGAUGGGGCUAUCCCAAAAUGAAUGAUGUGUGGCCCCAGUUCCUGACCCUUCAGGAGAAGGAAGUCACCAUCCUGAACAACAAGGAGUGUGAACGCUUCUACCACAGGUUCUCCAAAAUCCCUUUUCUGGUUCAGAUCAUCACCACGCAGAUGAUUUGUGUCAAGGACCCACACAGGGAGCGCUUUUGCUAUGAGAAGACUGGUGAGCCCUUGGUCUGCAGUUCGAAUAACAGAUGGUACCUGAUGGGGAUGAUGAGCUGGGGUGCCGGCUGCAAUAAGACAGACGCCCCACCCAUCUUCCUGCAGGUCUCCUCCUUCCAGCCCUGGGUCUGGAAUGUCCUCAGUGGGCAGCCCAUGGGCCUCCUAAGUCCACCCAGGACUCUGCUUCUGGUUCUCCUUCUGCCUCCCAGCCUCCUUGCUGCUCUGUGAAUUGCU